AAUUGCGCAAAUAUUCCCCCCGGACAGGAUAUUGCGUAGUACAUGCUAAAAGCUGCUAGCGGAAGAUAAACAGAAAGCUUGUUCAACAUGGCAGAGACUCACAGCUUGCAGGACAUGAGGCAACAGGCAGCCGUCGCUGCCAAAGUCUUCAUUCAGAGAGAUUAUACCAACGGCACUGUGUGCCAGUUCCAAACCAAGUUCCCCUCUGAGCUGGAGACACGGAUUGACAAACAGCAGUUUGAGGAGACGGUGCGGACACUGAAUAACUUGUAUGCUGAAGCGGAGAAGCUGGGAAGCCAGUCAUAUAUUGAAGGCUGUCUGGCCUGCCUCACAGCGUACACCAUUUUCCUGUGUAUGGAGACUCACUAUGAGAAGGUUUUGAAGAAGAUUGCAAAAUACAUUCAGGAGCAGAAUGAUAAGAUCUACGCACCACGAGGCCUCCUGCUCACCGAUCCCAUCGAGAGAGGCCUGCGAGUCAUUGAGGUUACCAUCUUUGAAGACAGAAGCCUGACCAGAUAAAAGCUGCCAUGCAGCAGCCCAGCACCAGUGCCCAGCUUCCUGAGGACCCCCAGACCUGCACCCUUAAAACUGCGUCUCUACAAUCUAUCCCUUUCCAACAAAUAUCACAUGCACGUCCCAUUCAGAGUUUCCUUUGUGACCAAGCUCACUUAUUCAGCUAUUAUUUUAUUAUAAUUAUUAUCCCUUUCCCCCUUCAUCGAGGGUUAAAGUCUGUUAUAUGCUUGUAUUAGGUUGGAGAAAAUUAACACACGUGAUUUAUUGACAUUCUUUGAACAAUAAUUAUGCUUUAUUUUGGACUAAAAACUUUUUGACUAGAGGAAUUAUGAACUUUUAUAUAUAUAUAAUAAAGCCGACAGACAGGAUAACUUAUUUUUUAUGAAGGACUAUUGAAGUCAUCCACACCCAUGCUUUAAGUGAUUGUCUUGGCUGAACUGAGGAUAUCAUUUAUUCAAGAAACAGAGAAUCUUGAUAAUCAGUGUGAUUUUCUGCAUGUGCCACACCUCACGGUUUGUUUGCUUUGUUCUUAUUCAUGUAUUCUUGCAAGGGUGGUAGUUUAUUAUCUUUCCUGCAUGUUUGCUUUGUAGCGUUUGACCUUAUAUUUAACUGACAGCACUGAACUUUGUCAGGAUCCAAACAUUCCAGUCAAACCUUCCCAGAUUCUGACCUUAAUGUACGUCUUUGAUUUAAGAAAAGAAACGCCAAAACUUGUGCUUGUUCUGUAUUUAGCAUGUAAUAUUGUUGAUGCUUACUCUUUUUUGUUUUCCUUUUUGUAAACUGUGCUAAGCAUAGUGACUGGUGACUACUGUUGAUUUUUGACUCAUGUCUAAUAAGCAUAUAUUCAUAUAUUGUGAGAUUGCCUUUGGCAGAAGUAUUAAAAGUGCUCUUGUUCGUUGACAGUGCCUGUAAUGGUUUAGAAUGUUGCCUUUGUUAAAGUCUAUAGGGCUGGUCACACUGGGUUUUUAAACAGGGAAAUUUGCAGAGAUUUCAGUUUAUUCCAAUGGAAUUGUUGUUACUGGUGGACUUGCUCGGGGGGCGCAAAUGUUUUGCGUCAAGUUCAUCUUUGAUGAAUUUGACCUUCAGAUUUGCCUUUUUUUUGCCAGUAGCAAGCCAUCUUGACAGUGCUGACCGUUAAGUGGCAGAGAAUGGAAAAGUAGCUAAUUAGCCAAUGUAGCUAAUUAGCUGUGUUUCACCAUCUACUUGUAUUUAACCUGGUUGAUCGGAGUAUAUAAACUUUUCCACAUAAAAGGAAUUGUUUGCAGAUCAUUUUGAGAUAGGAGUCGAUUUUACAAAUAUUUCCUUUGCAUAAACUGUGUGACCUUGUUAUUGCGUUAACUAUUGAGCUAUACUGAGAAGGAAAAUAUAGCUGUCCGAGCUAACGAGCUUGCUCAAGGCCUGUGUCCACUUAGCUUUUUUUUUGUUUUUUUCCUUAACACCAGCAUCUUUUUUAAAAAAAAAUUCCCGAUGAGGAGAGAGCAAAUGUGGCCACAUGCAGCAACCUAAAGAAAAGGCAUUUUACUGUCACAACAAAAGUGAAAAAGACCAUUUGUGGGAGCAGAUCGGUCAGACACUGAAUGUUGUAAGCUUGUUGUUGGCUGGGUAGUCAACCCUCAGCACACACAGCUACCUAGCUAAUGUAAAGGUCAAGAUAUUAUUGUCAUAGAAACAGCUGGGUAGUAGCGUUCCUUGCCGCCCUGCCUUGUGUGUGUUGAUGUAGCGCAUUUCUUUGGCAGAAAAGCGCUACAUCAACACACACACACACACGCCCCCGAUGGCCACUUAGCAAACUUAUUUGCUUGUUACUUCAGAGAGCUUUAUUUUCCUGCCUCAAUCAUUUUUUUAUUGCUCGAAAUGGUGUAACUGGGUUGACAUCAAAAGUUUACUCGAAAUAAUCAACAUAGACCAAACAGGAUUUGUUCUGUAACGUCACAAGAAUUGUGGGUUCAAUCAAGUAAUCAUAAAGACAUUAGAAGCCCUAUGCAGCUAGGUUGAAAAUCAGUGGUGAGCUCACUGAUUCUUUUUCUGCUACAGAGAUCUACAAGGCAGAGCUGCCCGUUGAGUCCACUCCUAUUUACAGUUUUUAUUGAACCAUUGGAACAAUGGAUUAGACAGAAUAGCAUAAUCAAAGGUAUAAAAAUGGCGACGAAGGAACAAAAAUUGGCCCUAUUUGCAGAUGAUAGUCUUAUGUAUCUCUCAAGUCCAACAGACUCCCUUCCUGUGCUGAUGUCAGUGUCGGAUGAAUACGGGUCGUACUAAGGCUAUACACUAAAUGAGUAAAUAAACUCAGGUCCUUAAUAUUCACUGUAACACCCCUCAGUAUCUUUGCUCUAGGUAUCAAAUAGGCUGAGAUAAGACAUCUGUGAUAAAUUUAGGAAUUCUUUUGCCUAUCUAAAUUAGAGGGGAUUAAUUAGGGUUCUUUAAAAACAGAAAUGGUGUAAAUCUCCAGCCACUUGGCAUAGCACCAGAGUUAGCAGUUAGCUCAGCAGCUGCAGCAGUUCCCCAGCUCGCCCUGCGAGUAGAGUCACAACGUCACUAAGCUUCAAGAACCAAAUGCUUCACAAAGACAUGCAGAUUAAUUUCACUGCACCAGUUUCUAGUGUGACCAGACCUUAACUGUGAAAUCCUGUCAGUCAGAUCUUGGCUUUGUCCACUUAUUGCUGACAAGCAUUUAAAACCUAAGAUUAUGCUAAAAUGUUUUGGAACCUUAACAAAGGUUGAAUAUACUGUAGUAUGUAUGGCUGGUAAUGCUUAAUUAUGUAAUGACUACAUCUACGAGUAAUGCCAUUCUGGAUGCCAUAGCUAAAGGAUCAACAGUUAUCUUGACCUCUACAUAUGUAAAUAAAAUUUCAUUAAUAAUUUUUGAUUUAGGUCGUACUUUAUUUAUCUGGACUUGGGUUAAUUGAAAUUUUCUAUGUUCUUUUUUCAGUUAAAAUCCAAUGUUUUAUUAAUCUAAAACUUGUAUGCUAACAAAUAAAAUGUGUACAUAUUUUACACCA